GAAAUCUAUAUUAAUGGGAACUCAAUAAUAAAAAGCACCUUAAACUAAAUAGAUAACUCAAUUCUAAAUUGAGAUUGCCUGCCUAAAAGUUAAAGGCUAUGUGGAAUUGAAUCGAGAUAGACGAACCAAUUAAGCACUAAUGAAAGAAAAGGCUUUAAAUGAGAUGUUGCGUAGUCCUACUAGAAUCAUGGCAGAAGAGUAUCAGAAGUUCCAAUAAUUGGUUCUGGAUGUUAGAUUUUUGGAGACAUGUAACACUGUCGUAAGAUACUGUGAAAUAGUAAAGGAUUAAUCAAUACGAAUCUUUAAAUGCGGAGGAGAUGCUUCUAAAAUAGCAGACAUCAUGCCUUACAUAGAAACUAUCGUCUUUGCUGCUGAUAAUUUGAACUUAGAGUAAGUAAUGGAAUUUAAAGAUCUGAUGAUAUUCUAUUUUGGACCUGGCUUCAAUGAUACCAGUAAAUUAUUAAAUGUCGAUCAAAAUAUCAAAUAACUCUAUAGAACUCCUCUGCCUGAUGCAUAUGAAGUUAAUGAGUUUGCAAUCAAGUUUGCAGAAAAGUAUGGAUUCAGUGAAGAACAACUAAAUGCAUCAGGGCAUUAAUUUAGCUCCAAAUUUUAAAGACCAGCUCAAGGAGGUAUUUAAAUUGAAUAAUAACCUUUUGGACAAUAAUAAUUUAUGCCACCUCCAAACUAAGGUUUUGGAGUACCUUUUGGAUCUCAUCCAGAACCAUUCUCACAGCCAGGAUAUGGUGAUUUCGGAAUGGGCGGAGGUUUUGGCAACCAUCCUUAAGGAGGAUUUGGCAACCAACCUUAAGGAGGCUUUGGCAAUCAACCUUAAGGAGGAUUCGGAAAUCAAACCUAAGGAGGAUUUGGAAAUCAACCCUAAGGAGGAUUUGGUAACCCUCCUUAAGGAGGUUUUGGCAAUUAAACUUAAGGAGGCUUUGGUAAUCCUCCACAAGGCGGUUUUGGUAAUCAACCAUAUUAAGGCUUUGGAACCGCGCCUUAAGGUGGGUUUGGUAGCCAACCUUAAGGUUUUGGUAACCAACCAUAAGGCUUUGGAACACAAGGAAACUUUGGUGGUUAAAAUUAAGGUGGAUUUGGAACAACAUAGGGUGGUAAUUAAACUACUUAAAAUGGUUUUGGAAAUUUAGGUCCAUAAGCAGGAUUAUAUAAUUAACCAACUAAUUAAUAUGGUAACCCAUCUAAUGGAGGAUUCGGUGGAUCCCCAAAUCCUUAUGCCUGUCUCAAUUAAGGCCCACAAAUAUUAGCAAGUUAAAGCAUGAAGGUUCCUUAGACAUUUUAACCUCCUUAAUAACAAUAAUUUCCUUAGGCAACACCAGGAAUUUAACCUUAAUAGCCUGUUGAACAAAAGAAAAAUAAUAGUGAUUAGUCCAAUAUAUAAGCUAUUGAUGAUUUGGAAGCCAGGUUAAGAAAGAUCGAUUAAGGUUUAUGA